ACGUUCCUAGAUCUUAAAUCCCUCUCAAUCAAUGGAGGACUUGAGCAGUUGGCAAUUAUGGCACAGACGGGUGGAAGUUGGGAGGUUGAGUUGCAGGGACAGUUCUCCGGUAUAUCCGCUACUUCUUUUGAGGUCAAACAAAGCGGGCAGUUGGGGUACACACAUGGAAGCUCACACACAGGGUUAAUUGACUUGAGUGACGAAGUCUUUAUUCUAAUUUUACGGCGAUUGGAUCCCACGUCUCUCUUGAGACUUGGGCGCACCUGCCGAACUCUGUUUCGAGUUUGUUCCUGCAAUUCACUAUGGACAAGACACUUCCAGACCUCGUUUGGAGUCCGGUUUGCCACUGCCAGCUGCUCAAUGUCUGCCAAGAGUGCCUUCCGUUUGAUCUUCAUGUGGAGAACCCUCUUCAGGAACCUGCACUGCAACCGGUCGCUCCAGGAGGAGCUCUUUGCUGAGGUCCCGCUCCCACCGCACAAGUACUGGAUCCAGUGGCUGGUUCUGGAGGAGACGGUGCCGUUGCCUUCAGUGGAGCUCCCCUGUGCUGACAUAGAGCGCCUCUGGGGUAUUGAGAAAGCAGUGUUGAAUUGUCAAGUCCAAGACAAAGUUGAUGAAGAGGGAACUGUGCUGAAGUUUGAAUGGAAGAAAUUGUAUAGCUUGGCCCUUGAGAGUCAUGGAAGCAUUGCCAAGGUUUUCCAUCAUGUUCUCAAUCGACAACAGAGUAAUGACCACUGUGAGCUGGAGGCCAUGUUCGGCCAGUACACCCAGUAUCGGUUCCAGUGGCUCUUCACCUACUGGCUGUUUCGCCAGCCGGUGCCCUUCGACCGGCAGCUCAGGGCCAUCUACCUGCAGUGGCAGAAUCCCUGUGCGCAGAAGGUGGCGGGCUGGGGAGGAACGUCAUGUGACGUCCGAUACCUGGCCUCUCUGCAUCACAUCACCACUGACUUCUGGAGGGGCAUGCUGGCUCGGGGAGACGAGACUGUGGGAAUUCAGACCCUGGAAAACUAUUUCUCCAUGUGUAAAUCACUGCUGGCCUGGAUUUUAGGGCGUGACUGGGGCAGGUUGAAACGGCAGAAGGUGUACAAGGACACCCUGGAUGGUGUUUACCUGCUGCUGGGCAGGGAGAUGCAGGAGGCAGUUGUGGGUCAUGAGAGGUUCUGGCAGGUGGCAAAGGUCCAGAUGGCUCGAGUGUGCACCCUGGAGGAGACGGCGGUUAACUACGUCAACUGGAAGAUGAUUGAGACGUUGCCCUACUACAAGCUGUACAUGGUGUCGGGCAACGCAGUAUACCUGGGUCAUGUGCAGGCCUUCCUUCGCCGUAAGAGGCUUGUCCAUUACUGGAUCUCCAUGAACGAGAACGCCUGGGUCAGACAGCUUCUCCCUGGGGACCUCUACACCCUGCUGGAGUUUGACACAAAGAUCUCCCAGGGCAGCCUGCAUGGAGACUCGAUGCCUGCCCAGCUGAGCCGGUUGGUCUGGCUGUACCUCCACUCUGGCCAGCAGCUCUACCUGGAGGCGGUGAAAGGUGUGGUGCUGCAGUGUGCUCAGGCCAGCCUAGGCCACUUCUGCAACCUGUCCUCUGGUUCUCUGCUCGCUGUCCAACCUCAUUAGCUAGCAGCCUAACUCACUGACCGCCAAACCACUCUGGAGAUGAUUAAGAGGCUCUAAGAUGAGAAUGACCCCUCUUAACAGGACCCAUAGUACAGAAAUUUUAUAACUUUUAUUGUAUUUUAUGCUGGCUCCAUUUUUUUUUAGCUGGAGCUUCUGAGCUUUUAUUUUUGUCUUAAGCUCCAUUUUAAAUGUGCAAUAGAUUUUUUAAAUGUGUUUUUUUUUUCCUGCUCUUAUACAAGCUUCUAUGAAGUGUAGGCUAUUUCUUGAUUCAUGUACUAAGUAGGAACCUAGAUAUUUGUCAAUGUAUACAUCCUCCAUUGGACGAGGGGUGACUGGUUCACCCAUCUGAAGGCCAAACUGCUGACUUGAUUGGGUCUGCCAUUAAGUGGAGCUAGUAGAUCUCAAAUGGCUGAAUACCAGUCAUUUGAUACUGCAGGGUGACCAUAUAACCAAUAAAACAACUCAUUGACUAGAA